UUACUCCGUCGCCUGCCCGAUCGCCGGUUCGACAACCGGCCAGGCAUUUUCCUUGUAAAACUAUCUCGUAUUUGUCUUUGUAAUCCGGUCUAUUUAUGUCUUUAGCCAUUUAUUUUUUACGUAGUAGUAAUUUGUGUUUUAUAUAUUAAGUUAUAAUAUAAUUAUUAAGAUGAUUAGCUAUAAGUUCUUUUAGCUUUUGAUUCAAAAUAUUUAUUAGUAAAUUAUUUUUUUAAGUGUUUGUUUUUUUGUGAGCAUGGAAGUGGAAAGUUUCAGUUAGUGAUUAAAUAAUAUGAAAUAUUGUAUUUUGAGGUACAAGCGGCAGAUUUUGCUUCUGAAAAAUUUCUAGGAUAACAAAACUACAAAAGAAAAGCUCAAAAUGAAUAAAAUUAAUUUUACUGUCAACGGGGAACGAUAUUCAUUGACGGGUUCGGAAGUAUCCCCGUCGACUACUCUGAACGACUACUUGAGGAACAGCCUCGGGCUGGUGGGCACGAAGGCGAUGUGCCACGAGGGCGGCUGCGGCGCAUGCGUGGUCGCUGUGGCCAAAGAACAUCCAGCCACUGGAGAAAAACACAUAGUCGCUGUUAACUCUUGUCUGGUCCACAUAUUGUCAUGCCACGAGUGGGACAUCACCACUAUAGAGGGCGUGGGGAACCGCAGAGACGGCUACAGCGAGCUGCAGACCAGACUGGCGACCUUCAACGGCACCCAGUGUGGGUACUGCACGCCAGGGUGGAUCAUGAAUAUGUAUAGUUUGUACGAAAGCUCAGAGAAAAGUCUAACAAUGCAUCAGAUAGAGAGGUCAUUUGCUGGUAAUAUCUGUAGAUGCACCGGAUACAGACCUAUUUUGGACGCCUUCAAAAGUUUCGCCAUCGAAAAUGACCAAGAUACUUUAAAGAUUAAGGAUUUAGAAGACCUACAUGAAAUGCAAUGUGCCAAUAAAUGUACAAAAAAGUGUACAAAAGAAGAACAGGAUUGGUGUUUUAUAUAUAAUAACAGUAAAAGCAAUCUCUUAGAUAUACAAAUGGAAGCUAACAGAUGGUACAAAGCAUUUUCCAUUGAAGACGUUUUUACGGUCCUUAGUAAAGAAACUGCAGAUAGCUACAGACUAGUCGCUGGAAACACUGGAAAGGGAGUAUUUCCAAUCAUAAAGGAGCCUCGCGUGUUUAUUGAUAUAACUUCGAUAAGCAACUUAAAGGAAUCUAUAAUAGAUGAGAACUUGGUGCUCGGAGCUGGUCUGUCUAUCCAUGAAGUGAUGGACAUAUUCCGGAGAGAGAUGAAGAAUGACAAUUUCCGGUAUUUAGAGCAUUUCCACCGUCAUCUAGAGCUGGUGGCUAACGUACCAGUGAAAAACAUUGGCACUAUUGGAGGUAAUUUGGCUAUGAAGAACGCCCAUCACGAGUUUCCUUCCGACGUGUUCCUUAUUUUUGAAACAGUUAAUGCAAUUGUUACUUUAGUGGACAACAAUCUCAAGUACAGUGAAAUAAAUUUACAAAAGUUUAUGAAGACAGACUUGAAGAACAAGCUUAUCGUAAAUGUCAAGAUACCACCAAUAUCACAAAAGCAUCUAAUAAGAACAUACAAGAUAAUGCCACGCGCCCAAAACGCUCACGCGAUUGUCAAUGCAGGUUUCCAUUUUAACCUGGACGCUGAGGACAAGGUUAUUUCAGCCAAUAUUGUAUAUGGAAACAUCGCAACUAAUUACAUUCAUGCUAAAACUACAGAAAAUUUUCUCAAAGGACAGCAUCUCUAUAGUGAGCAGACUCUGCAAAAGGCACUGGAUUUAUUGAAUACAAAUAUAAAGCCUGUUGAGUUUUCGCCUGAACCAACACCGGCAUGUAGGAAGGCAAUCGCUUUGGGAUUAUUUUAUAAGGCUAUCCUAUCUCUUCACCCAUCACCUAACACUCGAUACAAAUCUGGUGGAGCUGAAUUGUCAAGGCCAGUGUCACACGGUACUCAAACUUACGAUACAGACAAGAGUAUGUGGCCGGUGAACCAGCCCAUACCUAAACUAGAAGCGUUAACUCAGUGUUCUGGCGAGGCGUUGUAUGUUUGCGACACGAUAUCUACAGUCCGUGAUGUCCAUGUUGCCUUCGUGCUUUCAUCAAUCUGCCUCGGAGAGAUAGUUAAAAUUGAUCCCAGUGAAGCUUUGAAAAUACGAGGUGUUAUUAGUUUUUUCUCUGCCAAAGAUAUACCCGGUAAAAAUACCUUCACGCCGAAAGAUGUUCCUUUUAUGGAUGAAGAAGAAGAAAUCUUCGCAAGCAAAAAAAUCUCUUUUUAUGGUCAGCCUGUCGGUGUUGUCGCGGCUGUGACAAGGAAAUUAGCUUUGAAAGCUGCUGGUUUAGUAAAUGUAUCGUAUAAAAAAAGUUUAACAAAACCAGCUUUAACUAUUAAUGAUGUUCUGGUAUCUCCUGAUAAGAAUAAGCGGAUUCGUGAAGAUGUGACCGUAACAGCUACAGAUAAGGGUACGGAUACAACCCAUGUAAUCAAAGGUCAUUAUUAUGUACCGGAUCAGUAUCACUUCACCAUGGAGACUCAGAGCUGCACCACGGAACCCUCCCGCAGAGGAGUCUGCGUGCGGUCUUCGACUCAAUGGAUGGACAUGGUUCAGGUUGCAGUGGCAAAGACUUUGGAUUUACCAUUAAAUAGAGUUGACGUGGAAGUACCACGCGUAGGAGGAGCUUAUGGAGGCAAAGCCACUCGAGCGUCGCAGAUAGCUUGCGCCUGCGCUCUUGUCGCGUACAAGCUGAACCGUAGAGCGUCUCUAGUAAUGCCUCUCACUGACAAUAUGGACGCUAUCGGAAAGCGGCAGGCGGCAUAUUUUGAAUAUGAGGUGGGAGUUAACAAUGACGGAUUAGUCCAAUAUGCAGACAUAGUUUACUACUCUGAUAGCGGAUAUUCAGUCAACGACAAUUUAGGUAGCUCUAUAGCUAUGACCAUGACCACGUUGUACAACAAAACACGAUGGAACAUCACGGGGUACAGUGUCAUUACUGAUAAACCUUGCAAUACAUGGUGUAGAGCUCCAGCCACUUGCGAAGGAAUAGCCUUUGCCGAGCAUCUUAUGGAAAGAAUAACUGAUGCUACUAAAAAAGAUCCUUUUGAUAUUAGAAUCCUAAAUAUAGAUGAUAAAAACUCACCCAUUCUCGACAUGAUAGACACAUUCAAAAUAGAUACUAAGUACGAAGAACGAAGACAGGCUAUUAAGAAGUUCAACAAUGAAAAUGCUUGGAAGAAAAAGGGUUUACAAGUUUCAAUGAUGAUGUAUCCGAUUGAAUUUUCUGGCAAUUUCCCAGUGUCAAUUUCAGUUUACCACGCAGAUGGUACAAUAUUAAUAUCCCAUGGUGGUAUAGAAAUGGGUCAAGGUAUUAGUACAAAAGUCGCCCAAGUUUGCGCAUAUAGUUUAAAUGUCCCUUUAAGUAGCGUGACGGUAAAAGGCUCCGAUUCUUUUGUUUCUCCGAAUAGUAUGGCUACAAAUGGAAGUAUUACCAGUGAAUCUGUAGCAUUCGCAACAAUUAAGGCAUGUAGAGAACUAUUGAAAAGACUUGAACCGGCAAAGGCUGAUCUAAAGGAACCUACGUGGCAAGAGCUCGUCAAAUCAGCAUUUAAUAAAGGUAUAAACCUCCAAGUGAGCGCAAUGACAUCAGAGCUGGACAAGCUGCCAGGUUAUCCAAUUUACGGUGUGUGUGCCGCUGAAGUGGAGUUGGAUGUAUUGACUGGUAACCAUCUCUUGACGCGUGUAGAUCUGGUCGAAGAUACGGGACGCAGUCUCAGUCCUGAGAUAGAUGUUGGACAGAUAGAAGGUGCUUUCGUCAUGGGCUUAGGUCUGUGGACGUCGGAGAAGAUUAUAUACGACCCGUCAGGUCGCUUGCUCACAAAUAGGACGUGGACCUAUAAACCACCUGGUGCUUGUGAUAUCCCCGUGGACUUCAGAAUUUCGUUCAAGAGGAACUCGCUAAAUAAUAACGGUGUUUUGAGAUCUAAAGCUACCGGGGAGCCAGCGCUGGUCCUCGCAGUGGUGGUAACGCACGCUCUGCACGAGGCGAUUGUCGAAGCUCGCAAAGAAUAUGGCCACCUGGACACUGAGUGGGUCCACGUUGAUACUCCGUACUGCGUGGAAAGUAUAAUCAAAGCCAUCUCACCAAAUAUAGGAAGUUACCAUCUCAAAUAAAAGUAGCAUGGCGUUCAUUUUAGUUCAUAGAAUUCAGUACCAUUGAAGUCACUGUGGUAGAUGCGAUUUAUUUAUUGGAACCAGAAUCUCCGAAAUAAGCGGAAUUUAUUAUUUUCUCCUAAAUUUUUCACUUGAGCCCAGAACGGUGCUUCAAAGAAUAUUAAUAAAAUUGACAAUAAAAACUCAUAAAUAAUAGACACAAAA